UCACACACACAAAGAAGGAGUUCUCGCUCCCCAGGAAACUGUGCAACUUCGGAUCGCUAUUACCAGAGCAUUUGGCUCAGUGGAUUAUCCUCACUGCCAGAAUGAAACUGGUUCACGUAGCCCUACUCUAUCUCGGCUCUGCGACCUUCUUCGGGGUGGAUGCUGCGAGGGUGGACGUAGCCACAGAGUUCAAACGAAAAUGGACGAGCUGGGUAUUGAGCCGGGCCAAGCGGGACGUGAGGCCUCCGGGCGCGCCCCGAGGGCUGGGAGCGGCCGCCGACGUGCAGGCGCUCGUACGGACCCAGGACGUGAAGGAUCCCCGCGUCUCGCAACCCAGCGGCCGGGAGGAUGCUCACAUCCGCGUCAGGCGCUACCGCCAGAGCGUUAACAGCUACCCCCACCUCCCGACCUUCCGCAUGGGGUGCCGCUUCGGGACGUGCACGGUGCAGAAGCUGGCCCAUCAGCUCUACCAGCUGACCGACAAAGUGAAAGACGGCGCCGCCCCCGUCAACAAGAUCAGCCCGCAGGGCUACGGCCGCCGCCGGCGCUCCCUGCCCGACAGUUUCCUCCGGACCGUGCGGGCGGAGCCCCGCGCCCCCGUCCUCGGCGUGUGAGCGCCCGCCGAGGUUGCCUCGGACGGACAGA